AUGAGAGUCCCACCAUUCAAAUCUCCGAUUUUUAGACAGCUCCUCGAAUUCAAAUCCAACACCUACACCUACAUCCUCGCUUGUCAUAAAACUGGAGAGGCUGCAAUUAUCGAUCCAGUUGUCGACACGGUCUCCCGAGAUGUUCAGAUCUGUCGAGACUUGAAUUUGAAGUUACUUUAUGGAAUAAACACUCAUGUUCAUGCGGAUCACGUCACUGGAACCCAUAAGUUGAAGAGUGCAUUUCCAUCAAUGCAAUCAGUUUUGUGCUCGAAGUCUGGUGGAGAGGCAGAUAAGUAUGUCUCCGAGGGAGAUGUGAUUAAAGUUGGUGGACUGAAAUUGGAAGUAAGAGAGACUCCAGGACAUACGAAUGGAUGUGUUAGCUAUGUGGAACACUUCUUGAAAGCAGUUUUCACUGGAGAUGCACUUCUUAAUCGAGCAUGCGGAAGGACUGAUUUUCAGCAAGGCAACCCUUCCACCCUCUACGACUCAAUUCACAAUAAAAUCUUCUCACUUCCAGACGAUUAUUUGAUUUAUGUGGGACACAACUAUGAUGGAAUCAUGCAGACUACUGUUUGGGAAGAGAAGACUCUGAAUCCGAGACUCACGAAGAGCAAAGAGGAGUUUGUACUAUUCAUGAAGGACAUGAAACUACAGUAUCCUAAACAAAUUGAUGUGGCAGUUCCAGCGAAUAUGAAGGAUGGAAAAGGACAUGAAUAA